AUUGGAAGAGCACGAAAUCGAGGGCGGCCACUCCGCACCACCAUGGCGACGGUACUUCCGCUCCGCUCCGCCACUGAAAGCACAUCAUCUUCGCGCAGUCAGCGCCAUGCCUCGCUGCACUCAUUCCCCGCCGCGAGCAGCACGACGACCACCAACAAUGGCCUUGCAGUGCAGAGACUUAGCCGAUCCAGCAACUCCACCUCCUCCGCCGCAGUGUCGCGACAUUCCGCCCAGCCUUCGCAUUCGUCGCGUCCCAAAGGAGCGCCGCGCGCCGUGAAGCAUGUCAAGUCGCAGUACCCUCCCGAUAGCACUGAGAAGCAUGUCGAAUACAUAUUGGUCGCCUCGUUCGACAUCGACCGGGGCAGCAUCAUGGAGCAGCAGUAUCCCGCUCCAGUGGGCGGCGAUGAGCAUAUGCUGGCCGAGCUGAUGUUGCCGGACCAGGUGGACAAGCGAUCUCAGGAUUGGACCACCUUCUUUCUCCACAAAGAUGCCGGUCAAGAGGAGGAGGAGAGAGAGAUGAGACGACGGCAUCGAAGACGCCGCCGCCGACGCCAACGCCAACGAGAAGCAGGCGACCAAGCCAAUACUGGAGGCGACGACAGUGCAGAUGAUGACGGAGGAGAUGAGCUAGGAGACGAUGACGAAGAGGACGACCUCGACGGCAUUGAGGACGAUGAGCACGAAGAAGACGAUGCUCAAGAUGACGAUUCCGAAGACAUCAAUCUGGAUGGGCCGCCCCUGGUCUAUGUCCUCAAUCUUGUCAACACCAAACUCGAUCCUUCGGUGCCUCGAGGCGCCAUAGUCAAGGCCAUGGCCGUGUGCACGCGGCAUUCUUUCAUGCACAUCUACAAGCCUUUGCUUUUACUGGCAUUGGAGCAGUAUUUCGCCCAUCCAUACCCCGAGACCCUAGCGACACUUUAUGAUGCCUUGAACAGCAUGGACCUGUCGUUACUGCCGAAACUGAACUUUCUGGAGAAAUACAUUUUGCAGGCCUCUGACGCAAAAGACAUGUUUCUGGAAAAGUUCGAAGCCAUCAUUGCGCAGCGCAUGGCGUCCAACAAAGACCAGGAUGCAAUGCUUUCUCCUAUCGAGCCGUCAAACACAACCCAGUUUCCGUCUCGGACCCGGUACGGCCUUCCCCGAGACACGCACGAGUUCGAGAGUAUUGUCAAUUAUGCCAAUGUGCCAGUGCCCGUCAAAAUCCCGACUGCCGUCAGUCCGGAGACGGUGGGCGAUUUCAGUCUGGUCAAGCUGAUCACCACCUUCAGUACGCCACAUGCUGCGCAAGUGGUGCCGUUCAAUCCCACUCACCCUCAUCUCACCACUUCGGGGCCCACCACGCACCCCAUCAUAGUGCUUCUCAACGCUCUCUUGACACAGAAGCGUGUCAUCUUCCUCGGCGACAAAUUGCCCAGCUCUGAUGUUGCGGAGGCAGUUCUGGCAGCGUGUGCUCUUGCUUCUGGAGGCAUUCUUCGCGGCUUCACGCGGCAUGCGUUUCCUUAUACCGACUUAACCAAGAUCGAAGACCUACUCAGGGUUCCUGGCUUCAUCGCUGGCGUCACAAAUCCAAUGUUCACCCAUCACGCAGAAUGGUGGGAUUUGAUGUGCGAUCUCGGCACAGGGCGAAUGAAGAUCUCCAAUCGCAUCGACCAAGCUCCGCUGACGGAGGGCGUGGCUUUCUUUCAUCAGAACACUCAUCAACCGGGCACAGUCGCCUCGAGUGGUAGUGGAGGUGGUAUUGCCUCGUUCAUGACCGCCGGCGCGAGCUUAUCGGCAGGUCUGGGCGGUAACGCCGCUCCGAAUAACAGUAUGAGCAGCGAUGCAACCGGUGACGGGGCAUUCAUGCAGAGUGUGCUCCUCGCCAUCAACGAGAGACAUGGCGAGCACGCAAUACGAGCUAAAUUCAGGAAAUGGAUUGUCAAGUUCACUAGGCUUGCUGCUAGCUUCGAAGAGACCGUCUACGGCGCCAGCGCUCUUUCCAUUCACAAUCCGGACAGUCCACAGACAACACUCCCGCCUGAGGAAUCGCCAAUCAGUCCGACCGAUGGAAGAGCGGACAAGAUGCCACCUGAGGUCACGGGGCAUGGGUAUGUAUGGCCAACUGCGUUGAGUAAGACCAACGAGUUGGCAGCCAACUCGACACGGAUCGAAGGCUGGCGCAACACGCGCAGCUACUACAAUUUUGUGCAAGAUCUGGCAGCACUCUACGUGCACCGGCCGAUCAAGCACUUGGAUUUGCAACACCUGCACGACAAGUUGGCCAAGUUGCGACUUGGAAAUGAGCAAAGCGCAAACAUUUACCUCGCAAUAUGUGCCGCAACGCGCACGGAACAAGAGAUCAACCAGUUACUAUCAAUCGUCGUCAACGGCGUGUGGGAAAGCAAGCCCACUGCUUCUGGAAGCGGGCAGAACUCGGGACUGCUGUACAUAGGCAUGGGACUUUUCCACCCAAAACUUGAGGUCAGGGAAGAAGUCGCCGAGUUGCUCGGGAGGAUUAAAGAGCACGAGGCUGGUCGGCAUUUCUGGCAGUCUUUGGGAAGAUUUGUUCGAAUUGCCUGGGACAGAGUAAUGACUUCGCGAGUGGAGAGACUGGGAGCUUCGUUUGAAGGGUGA